CUCCGGCAGCUUCGGCAGCAGCAGCAGCGGGAGGGGCAGGAGGAAGAGGGGCAGGCGGCAGCUGAGACGGGGCAGCAGCAGCCUCCUGCUGCUACUGGCAAGCUGUAGUUUGCUAGUAGUAGCAGCACCAGUAGUGUGGCAAGCACGAUGGAAGAAGCCAUAUUAAGAGUAGCUAUGCAUAUUAGGGUCGUGCCUGUGAGUGCGACUGGAGUUGCGUGUGCAUAUGCCGUACAGGCAGUACGUGUGGCCAUGUGAACAUCCUCCAUCCUGGUUAGUACCGGUUACAGUUACCGGUGUGUGCUUUACAUGUGAGAAGGCCUAUGUUGUGAGGUUUGGUUUAUUGAUCGUGCAUAGCUAGCAGGAUCAGACGUUGGCUUGCACAGCCGUGGUCUUUAAGAAGACUAACAGACGGGCCUCCACAUACGUCCUUCUCCUGCUUAGGCGAAAGCUUUAUUCAGUUUUUGCCGUUUGUACCUUUCACUCACGUUAAACCAUGGGAUAGCUCCUAAAGGGAGGUCGCGCUUUACCAAUCCAUUGCAAGGAUCCCUUGAAGCAAGGUUAACAGAAACAUGAGUUUCGCGUUUAAGCGCUUUAAUUUCUUUCAGCCGCAUCAAGUUGCUCGCCAUGGGUUCCCACCUAACGCGAGCUGCGUAGUGCCGGGCGGGCCAUUGCUCUGGGUCGGGACGGAGUCCGGCAGCGUUUGCGUACUGGAUUCGCGGCUAUCCUUGAUCGGAUCUUUCAACGCCCAUGGGCAUAAAGUUCAGGAGGUGUUAUGGCUCGAGCGGCGGCAGCUGCUCAUCACGGUGGGAGUGGAGGAGCCCGGCUGCUCCUCCACCACCGUCAAGCUCUGGCCCGCGGAGAAGCUGCUGGCGCUGCAGGCCGCUGCGGCUGCGGCAGCAGCAGGCGGGGCUGCCGCUGCAGAUGGGGGCAGCGGCAGCAGUGGCAGUGGCAGUGCUGCUGCCACUGGUGGAGGACUAGCGGGUUGCAUGGCAGCUAUCAAAACUAC